ACUACAUUCUUCCGUCAUCAGGGUCAGGCAGGCCGAUGGGAUGUAUACUUAAAAACACACGCAGGCUGAGAAGUCCCCCCUGUUCGCUAGUUAGUCAGGCUGAGAGGAGCGGCAGGCGGGCGCAGCGGGGCAGUUAGUAGAGAAGGAAGCAGAACAUCCAGAAUGGCUGGAAGGAGACGAGGUAGAGGCAGCAACGUCCAGCAACAACAGGCCUCACAGAGCCAAAGAGGAGGCCCUCGCAGGGCUCUGAGGGAGCCGGCUGCCUUUGCCAAGUCUACAGGUUAUGAAUCAGAGAUCCCCCAUGAAAAGCUGACCAUUGCCAAAGCACGGAGGGGCACACCAGCUCAUCGUCCGGUACGAGUCUACGCUGAUGGGAUCUUUGAUCUUUUCCAUUCGGGGCACGCUCGAGCUUUGAUGCAAGCCAAAAAUGUGUUCCCUAACACAUACCUGAUAGUAGGAGUCUGCAGCGACGAACUCACCCACAAGUUUAAGGGCUACACGGUGAUGACAGAGGACGAACGCUAUGACGCACUGACGCACUGCCGUUACGUCGACGAGGUGGUGCGGGAUGCUCCCUGGACCCUUACCACAGAGUUCCUUAAGAAACAUAAGAUUGACUUUGUGGCCCAUGAUGAUAUCCCUUACACCUCUGCUGGAUCAGAGGAUGUUUAUAAACACAUCAAGGAAGCAGGUAUGUUUGUGGCCACUCAGAGGACGGAGGGCAUCUCCACAUCUGAUCUGAUCACUCGUAUCGUCCGAGACUAUGACAUCUAUGUUCGACGCAACCUGCAGAGAGGCUACACAGCCCGAGAACUGAACGUUGGAUUCAUUAAUGAGAAGAAAUACCGGCUCCAGAACCAGGUGGACAAGAUGAAAGAGACAGUCCGAACGGUGGAGGAGAAGUCCAAACACUUUGUCUACAGAGUGGAAGAGAAGAGCCAAGACCUCAUCCACAAGUGGGAGGAAAAGUCACGGGAAUUUAUUGGCAACUUCUUGGAGCUUUUUGGACCUGAUGGAGCCUGGCAUGCGAUCCAGGAGCGCAGUGGCCGUAUGCUCCAGGCCCUGUCACCUUACUCUUCACCCCGUGGCUCCCCCAGCAGCAGUCCCACCAGAAGACGCUCGGUUUCUCCUGACUCCUCCCCUGCCUCCGCCUCUGCCUCCCCAUCCCCGUCCCCCUCCUCUCUCUCCCCUCCAUCCUCCCCCUCCUCACCCAAAAAAGGGACACGCUCCUCUCUCAAAUCCUCCUCCACAUACAGUAGUCAAUGAGCUCAUCAUGUUUUCUUUAUUGGUCUUCUUACAGGGUAUCUUGUAAAUUCUUACAGUCAUUAAUAAUAAAUAAAAAGGGAGUAGGCUACUUUAUUACUAGUUUAUUCAAGUGCAAGUGCAAUAUCUCAUAAUGUGCAUAAGGUUUAUCUGCUGAAAAGAAAACAAAAAGAUUAUUAAAAUUUUGCUUAGAUGUGA